AUGACCGUUACAGAAACAGAUAGCAUUGCUCGAGGUGAUGUGUCUCGAAAAUCAAGCCGUGUGAAAUCUGAAGACAGUAAAGUUCAUCGAGCUCAUGAUAAUGAAGGUUUUACCAUUUGUGCUACGGGUACAGCAUCGAUUCCAUCGCGUUAUUUAACUAUUAUUUCGAGUAAUACAGAAAAACGAGGUUUUCAACAAACAGCUAAACGUUUUCAAUAUGAUAUUAAUUUUGCGCCUGGUCCUGGCCAAUAUCAAACUAUUCAACCAUUAAAUAAACAAUUAGAAAAAACAUCAGAUUCAAAAAGAGGCUCAAGUGGAUUCGCUUCAAGAAGCAGACGAGAAGGCUCUAUGAGAGGUGCUGCAAGUGCUCCAGCACCCACUGCUUAUAAUAUUUCACGUAAAGUUGCUGGUGAUCAUCAUGAUUUUAAUCGCAGUAAAUGCUCCAGUAUGUUUCAAAAACCAAUCGCUGAACGACCAUUAUCAUCAAAAUCCUCUCUUCCAGCUCCAAAUCAGUAUCAUAUUCAACAAGGAUUCAGACAAACAACAAAAUCAAAUAACGUUGCAGCUCAAGCUGCGUUUCGAUCGCAUACAAAACGUUCUGUUCCAAUGAAUAAACAUUUGAUUGUACCAGCUCCUGGUACCUAUAAUUUGGAUGAUUUUACGAAACAAUCGUUGGGGCGUGCUUAUCAAUCAAGUUUUAAAUCGACUUCAAAACGUGACACAUUCGGUUCUCAACCGGGCGCUCAGUUACCUGGUCCGGCCGACUAUCGACCAUUUGAGAAACCAACAGAAGAACCGCAUCGACAAUUACUUCCGCGCCAUCAUUAUUUAACUAUAUCUGCACCAGCAAUUCGUCUUCCACCUGAAGCUCCACUUCCUGGUCCAGGUGCUUAUGAAGUUCGUGAUUUUAAAGAGGCUGAAAAGAAAUAUAUGUCAUCAGCUGCAUUUGUUUCAAAUACAAGUCGAUGGAAUAUUCAUGCAGGAACAGUGGCUGAACAACCUGGUCCAUGUACAUAUGCACCAGAAGCGCUAGCCAAACAAUCAUUUAAUUUUAAUUUUGAACGAAAAUGGAUUUGA